AUGUUCGACCCUCUCAAUGACCACGGAGGUUUCGGCUCUGAUGACCUCAACCCUCCCUGGCCCGCUACUCCGCAUCCCAACUCGCCCAUCCCCAAUCUCCGCCGCCCCACGACUCCGAAACCCUCCAGCCAAUUAGGCGCACCUGCGUCGCCUUUUGGAAAAGAACCGCAGGUCUAUGGGCAACCGGAGCAGGGCUUGAUCUCUCCCCAAGUUACGGUUGGCGCUAAUGGUGCCAAGUACGAGAAGCCUGAGCAAUACCUGCGCGUACGCAUCACCGGGCUGGACAGAAACAGGAGGGAUAUCCUGGUCCGAUUUGACGCCCAGACGAACAUGACCAACUUCACCGGCAACACCUACCGCAACGUGCAACGCUCAUACCUCGAGUUCCAACAGUUUUACGAAUCUCUUAUUCACAGUUGCCCUCAAACUAUCGUCCCCGCAUUGCCAUUCGCUCAGACGUCGGCUCCGACGGACGAAGAGGAUGACCGCCUCGUCAAGAUCAUGCUGCAACGAUGGCUGACGAGAAUAUGCGAGGACCCCAUCCUGGUUCACGAUGAAGAAGUCCGCUCUUUCAUCGAGAGUGACUUCGGCUACCAACCGACACCCCGACCACGGCGCAAGGCAGGGUCGGGGUUUAGUCUCAUUCGCAGGGGCGUCCCGGAUGAGGACGAGGAGCUGCAGCGUGCUCGCUUCGAAUUAACUAAGCUCGAAGGACAAUUCUUUGAUGCUGCUAAAGCCGUCGACAAGCUCACGCGUGCAAGGAAAUCGCUUGCACAGGCACAUGCCGAGAUGGGCAACAAACUCAUCAACGUGGCGACCACCGAGGCUCACCCCCCUCUAGGCAAUACUCUCCGUAAGAUCGGACGAACGUGGCACAGUUUGGCCGAUCUUGACCAAGCGCAGGCGAUCAGCGAAUGUGUGAUCCUCGGCGACUCGUUGGGGUAUCAGGGACUGAAUGCCCGCUCGGCAAAGGAGACACUGCAGAUGCGGACAGCUGUGCUGGAAGAAUAUCAAGCAGCAGUCAAAACCACUAUCUCGAAGCGGCGCAACAUCGAGCGCUUGAAAGCGAGUAGCAACAUUCGACCCGAGAAGGUAGAUGAGGCACUCGAGGAAAUGGAAGAGGCGAGCAAGUACGAGCAUAUUCUUGCAAAGCGCGGGGACGGCAUCUCCCAAAACCUUCACCGAGCUCUGCAGACCCACACUAAACAGGUCACGGACGACAUCACCGCUGCAUUAAUUGAACAUGCGCGCUCCUCGAUUAUGUACGAGCGGCAGCUGCUCCGCGAGCUGGAGACACUCAGACCUGACGUCGACGGGGUGGACCAGAAGGUGGUCGUGACGAACGGCGUGCCCAAACCUACUGUGGUACCCAAACUUGAGGACGAGAUCCUACGACCUCCUCCUCCCGCUGACCCUAUCAGGGCUCCCGUAGCCCGAGGGCCAGCGCCAGUCCCUCCUCUAGUUGCGAAUGGCCCCUUAGCUCAACGAGGGCUCCCUCCGUCGCCCCCUAUUCAGAGUCCUCCAGCAUUGGCAGUGCAACACAAUGUUGGACCUCAAGGCUCGCUGCAAUCGCCUGGGGCAGGGCCAUCUUCAAAUCCUCCCACACGAGCUAUGACGCAACCAACAGUUGUCAGUAAUGGGCCGCCUCUGGGCGGGCGUUUCGUGGACGGCACUAAGUCGAUGUUCAUCUCUCCCAGCCCCCGGGUAGCUCCACCUGCAUCGCCCGCGACAGCGUCACCGAUAUCGCCCAACACCCCUCGCGUGGCGGCGCCACCGCUCACCGGCCCAGCUGCAGGCGAAGACCCCCUGAGCAGGCCGACAUCAGCCGCACAGCUGGGUUCGUCGACGAACCCACUUGCGAACGGCGCUGCAGGAGCGCCAGAUGUGGAUCCCCUGGGAGGUGUCCGACCGAAUUUUAUGUCCGCAUCGGUCAGGGUGCAGCCCACUCGGCCUAGGCUGGAUGCCAGAGAAGCGGCCAGCAAACUCGCAAACAUGUUCUGA